UCCUCGAUCUACUCGUCUGACAGAGAGCCUCGACUGUCCGGCCGCUUUCUGCACGUCACCGACUUCCAUCCAGACAAGCACUACAAGCCAGGCUCGGCAGUGUCUGCUGGAUGUCAUUCCAAGAAGCCCAAGAAGGACCAAGAUCGGGCGGGCUAUUGGGGAACGCCAGUCAGCGGCUGUGAUUCUCCCCUCCACCUGGUCGAGGAGAGCAUCGACUGGGUGAGGCGCAAUUGGCUUCCAGAGCAGUCCCAGAGCGGCGAUGAGGAUGCGAGAGCUCCUUUCGACUUCAUUGUAUGGACGGGAGACUCAGCUCGGCACGACAUCGACAACAAGUACCCUCGUACUCGACAGGAGAUCUAUGACUCAAACAGAUGGGCUCUGUCACUGCUUCAAGAGGCUUUCCCUGGUACACCGAUUGUACCCACCAUUGGCAACAAUGAUAUUUUCCCGCACAACAUCAUGUGGCCCGGCCCCAAUGAUGUCAUCUCAGCAUUUACUGACAUCUGGGCAGACAUUGUGCCUGAGUAUGAGCUGCAUACCUUUCAAUUGGGAGGGUACUUCGGUCGGGAGGUCAUCCCCAACAAGCUGGCGAUCCUGUCACUCAACACCUUAUACUGGUACGAUUCGAACAAAGUCGUAGAUGGGGCUCUAAAGACUUCAGACCCCGGCACGGUACAACUUGCCUGGCUCGAGGCGCAGCUCUACCAAUAUCGCAAGCGGGGAAUGCAUGUCCACCUGCUGGGACAUGUGCCACCUACAUUCGGCAAUUACUUCCAGGACUGCUACGAUGUCUACUCUGACAUUGUGCUGCACUAUCAAGAGACAGUCCUUGCGCAGCACUUCGGCCAUAUGAACGUGGAUGGCUUCUUCAUUCAAGAGGAUACCGAGGCGGAGCGAGGUCUGCCCGUCCCACAGCACUCCGAGAAUCCUCUCUCCACCCUCAUCAACACCGAGGCAUUGUCCGAUGAUCUCCGCAAAGACUACUCCUUGGUAAAGAAAGAAGCCAAGACAAAUGAGAGUUACUAUAAUUACUUCUUCAUUGCGCCAAGUAUCAUUCCCACCUUUCUUCCCGGCGCACGGAUCUGGACAUAUAAUACAAGUGGCAUCGAGCUAGACUUCUCCUCUUCCACAAGAGAACAAGACGUACCCACGCUCGCAGAAGAUGAGGAAGAGUACGAUGAUGAGGACUAUGAGUAUGACCAUGUCGAGGAGAUCUCCCACAGUCCGGUACAAAAUCAAGUCGUCUUCGCAACUCCAGAGGAUAUGAUUUUCUCGGACAACGACACUGCAAGGCUGGAAGAUCCUUUCACUGCUCUCAGGAGGAAGCAUCGACGGCCCAAGCAUGGCGGUGGCAGGGGCAAGAUAACUCCUGUGGCAAGGUAUGCCUCUCCAAAUUCACCGAGUAGGCAGAAUGGGCCGUUGAGCUUGCUUGGCUACUCUCAGUGGGUCCUCGACCUCGACGCAGCGAACAAGGCUUGGGAGCAAGAGAACGGUCAUGGAGCGGUAAUGACCGAGGAGGCAGAACUAGCCAAGCGCAAGGGGAAGCUCAACUUCCACCUUGAGUACGCAACUUACACGCCCGAAGUUCUGUGGGGUGAUCUGAUUGGUAGUGGUGACGUGAGGGAUGGACAGCAUCGUCACGUGCCUGUUCCUCGCCAUCUCCUAGAGGAUGAGUUGAAGAAGAGAGGUCUGGGCAUCCGAGAUCUUGUUGCUGAGAGCAGUCAAGUCAGCGUCGGUGAGGACAUUGCCAUCUCGCGGCAUCGUGCGCUCAAGCUACCAGACUCGCUGCGUGCCUUUACCGACUGGAGCCUGGAUGCGAUUACGAUUCCGAACAUGCUACACCUGGCGAGGAGACUGGCGAAGAACGAUAAGCUGUGGAAGAGGUUUGAGAGGAGAAUGUACGAGGAGAGCGGA